GGCACCUCAGCCUCGUGGUGUGCUCUAGUCAUGGGGAUCCUGAGCAACAUUUAUGGCACGCGAAAUGAAUCGCCAGCCAUGUCUGCCGAUUUCCCCGUACCGCUGUUGCAGUAUGCAGCGCAUCAGAAGGUCCUAGAGACUCCUAGGGAAUGUCAACCCGCCAACCUUCCUCACCCACAUCCGACCCAUUCAUUCUGGCUACAUUCCGAGCCAGGCGUAAACCCGCUUGCAAAGGAGGGUAGCGAGGGUGCGCUUGCGACUGAAGCGGAUGUGUGUAUCAUUGGCUCGGGAUUGACUGGUGUCGGCAUUGCAUACUGGCUCUCUCAAUCUGUCAAGAACGGAGACUUGACGGCGAAAGGGGAUGGGCCGCUGAAGGUGGUUGUUCUAGAUGCGAGGGAUUUCUGUGCAGGAGCGACGGGACGCAACGGUGGCCACCUCACUCCGUGUUCCUACCUCGACUUCACAGCGCGCCAGAAGACCUACGGGACCGAAGAAGCACUCCGCUCGGCAGCCCUUGAAAUGCACACGGCCCGCUCUCUCGUCGACGUUCUCACUAACAACGGACGCGCUGCCGACGUGGAUCUCGUACAGAACGGCCACGGAGAGCUUAUCUUCCCACAGGAGCAGCUCGAAGAGGAGAAGCGAGACUACCAGGCAGCGAAGGAGGCCGGGAUGGAUGUGAGCGACGCGAAGUGGUAUACGAGGGAGGAAGUGGAGCAGCAAUUCGGCUCCUCAGCCAGAGCAGCAGUGAUCUUCACCGGAUGGAACAUCUGGCCCAUGAAGGCCGUCACGCAACUCUACCUUUUUGCAAAGGAGGUUGCAGACUCAAAGCCUGAUGCCUUCUCGCUCGCACUCCACACGAAUACGCCUGUUACCUCCGUCGACGCUGCGUCACCCGCUGCUGGAGGUGGGCGCCCAUGGACUAUCACGACGCCAAGAGGCACGAUCGCAUGCACACGUGUCGUCCAUGCUACAAACGGUUAUGCCUCGCACCUCCUGCCAUUCAUGAAAGGCUCUGAAGGGAUCAUGCCCGUUCGUGGACAGGUCGCUGCUAUUCGCGCAACCGUGGGCCAGGACAAGGUUGAGAAGAAUGGGUGGAGUUUCAACGAGGGCCUCGAAUACUGGUUCCCCCGUCCUCUUCCACUGGACUCCAAGGAGAACCCGCUGAUUAUCCUUGGCGGCGGGAGAGAGAUCAAGCCCAAUUUUGAGGUGUACGUCGACGAUGACUCAGUCAUCAACCCGGAGAUCACACCUGUGCUCCAAAAGUUUUUGCCUUCGGUGUUCUCGGACAAGUUUGACCCGGAGAGGAAGGCGGAAAUGGAAUGGACGGGGAUCAUGGGGUACACGAAGAUGGGUGACCCGUUUGUUGGACCGGUUAUCGACCCGUCAGACCCCGGAUCCGCGGAGAAAUACAAGGGUCAGUAUAUAUCGGCGGGAUACACGGGACACGGUAUGCCUCGCACAUUCGGAUGCGCUGAGGUCAUCGCUGGUAUGAUAGCCGCCGAGGUCAAUGGGGCUCGCUGGGAGCGUCCUGAUUGGUUACCGGAGCGGUAUCUCACUUGGAAGAGGUACGGUGUCGCUAGAGCAUAGGCACAGCCUUUGGAUAUAUCGGUAUGUAAGCUUAGAGCAGUGUACGUGGAACUGUAAAAUUGCA